GUAUGUGCGGCACCCGGAGUCAGUGACACAAGAUGCAGUUCACUUCUUUGCGAACCUUCUCAAGGAAUACCUGCACCAAUCCGAGCGAAUGCUGGAGUUCAUGGACUCCGCCGAUUGGACCGUCAAGCUUGCAGACAUUGCAAAUCUUUUGGACGUCUACAGGUCGUCCUUUGGGCGCUGGAACAAGAAUUCCAGCAAGGCACUCUCCGAGUUUCUGCAGCCGCCGCGGCGCCCAUGGCAUCCGGGCAGCCCCAGCUGGCGAACCGCCACAUUGGCUGCAAAGCAAAGCCUAGCCUGGGUCGCCACAUGGAGGCUCCCAGUCCAGCCACAGGCCCAACGAGCUCAGGCAUUGAAGCUGUGGGUCUUCGGUACGCAUUGCUCGGUGAUGGCAGAGCCGAUCUCUGCCAUCUCUCUGCUCUUAGCUGAAGAGUUUCAGCUCCAUGUGACAUGGAAGGGAACCGCCGACUACUGCCAGUACCACCAUGGCUCUGCGAGGGUAAUAAAGGACAAGGAGAGUUCUGUCCGAAUGCUCUUCAAGAAGCACUGGAAGAAA